UCAAAUAACAUGAAAAUCCGGUUAUCUUAGAACCCUAACCGAGUUCUACACUUCUCUUCAUCAUCAUCAUCAUCAUCGGUGUGGUUGUUUCAGACAUCGAAUUCGAUAAACCUCGUAGGAAAGUUUGUGGUCUGCUUUGAUCUAAGAACUGUAAUCAUGGUCGGAACUCUUUUGGGGUUACCAGGGCAAUGGGCAGAAGAGGAGCUUGAGUCUUCUGAUCACUACACAACAAAAAUCGGUGGUCUUCCGGAUUGGCCGCCAAUACCCGAUGAUGCACUGAGACCAGAACUACUCAAUUGCUGUUCAUGUGGAAGCAAACUUUCUCUGGUAGCUCAGGUGUAUGCUCCGAUCUCAACUGAAAAUUUAGACAUCCAAGAGCGUACGCUCUAUAUAUUUGGUUGCUUGAUGCCUAAAUGUGGAACUUCUGAACAAAGCUGGAGAGCUUUUAGCAUUCAUAAAGCUAUCAAAGAGAAAGAAUCAAGUGAGUUAGCAGAUUUGCCUGUUGUUGCCUCACCACAAGAUUCAGCUUCUAAAACUCAUUGGUUAGAUGAUGAUGAUGAUGAAAAUUUUGAUUUUGAGAGUUUAGCUAAGGCGAUCGCAGAGGCUUCUACUACUGUUGCUUCCAAUUCGAAGAAACAGAAGAGUUCAGGGACUAAAGCAAAGCCUUCACCUUCAAAACCUGAAACAAGAGUUGCGGAUCAAAUUAAACUUGAGACUGGUCCGGUGGUUCCGUGUUUUUACAUUUAUACAAAAGAAGAUAUCCCCUCAAAAGAAGUCGAUCGUUUCUCGAUGAAUUAUUCAUCUCUGUCUAUUAAGGAUAGAGAAAACGGCAACAAUGCUGAGGGUGAAUCUGAAGAAGCAUGGGAGGAUGAGAAAUAUGAAUAUGACAAAGCUCUCAAUGCAGAUAGGACGUAUCUUAAGUUCAAAAAACGGCUAGAUGCAAACCCGGAACAAUGUUUCAGGUACUCAUAUGGCGGUAAGCCGAUAUUGGCCACUGAAGACCUGAAAUCUCCUGAUAAAUGCAGAAACUGCGACUCUCCUAGGCACUUUGAGAUGCAACUCAUGUCUCCACUACUAUUUUUUUUACAUGAAGGUGUUGUUGAUAAAGUGCUUAAGCAAUCAUUGGAUAACUUUGAUUGGAUGACACUUAUUGUCUACACUUGUUCCAAGAACUGUGCAAACGCUGUGAAUGGCGAUUGGGUUGUUGCGGAGGAGUGCAUAGCAGUACAGUAUGAGAAACAGAUGAAUCUCGAUCAUGCUAGCUUCUUCAAAUGAAAACAUUCUCCUGGCGAGUCUUUUGAUUGGUUGAGAAGAUGUUGCUGAAGUGAUUAUAGCUAAGAAUCAAAAGUCAAAUGCGCCAUGGAUACAUCUUCUUCAGCUGUUUCAGGACAGAGGUUUCCCAUAAAGAGGGAGCUGCUCAAUACAUAUUUUUUUGGUCUAUUUAUAUGCGAGACAGAUGCUAAAUCUUAUUUCCUUUUGUAAAAUGAUAGUCUGUAAUGUUAAGUUUUUAAGACAAAUGGAUUAGUUUUCGAUUUAAUUCU